CAAGUUCUCACACACUCCUACUCUUCCUUGUUUACUUUCCUUCUUCUUUUCCAUUACUACUGAACAACCUACAGAAGAAUCACACACGUUCAAUGAGCAACAACAAUAACGCGUUCCUUGAUUGGAUUUUAACACAAGGAUCCGAAUUCGACCUUGCUGCUGGUCAACAACAGCAACAACAGCAAUCGUGUUCACCUAAUGCAAACAUUCCUUUGACCAAUCCUGAAUUGUUACCGUACCUUUUGGGCAGUAAUGAACCUAUCGCUCCAUCUACUGCUACAACUACUGGUUGCAACAACGUCAACAACAACAACAAUGCUGCUCCUGUAAUGGUAUCAACAGCAGCAACAAACUAUCCUCUUUUGCCUUCCACUGUACCCGUGGGUACUGCUCCUGCACCUACCAAGACUACAUCCUCCUCUUCCACCUCCUCUUCUUCAGUUGGUACCCAUACUGCUGCUGCUGCCCCUCCUCUUUCCUUUUCUUCUAUGGGGAACAAUCCAGUAGCACCCGUCGAGGAAUUUAAACCCGAAACGGCAUCCACCAUCACUUUUGGUGGCGGUAGCGGUGAUAUGUGCAGUCAAAAUAAUCUUGAUUACCACAACAGCCACAAACACAGCAGCCAACUGCAACACCAUCGUUCAGAAGACGACGACGAUGACUACUUGUCAGAAUCACAGCUCAAAAUGAUGACUUCCAAAGAACGGCGGCAGUUAAGAAAUAAGAUAUCCGCUAGAAAAUUCAGGAAUCGUCGCAAAGAAUAUAUUUCAAUGUUAGAAGGCGAAGUGCAGAAGCAAAAGGCAGAAAACAACCAGCUGAGACUGGAAGUAACUUGGAUAAGAUCUACGGCAGACAAGCUACAAAAGGAGAACGAUGCACUGCGGUUGAAGCUAGUUUUGUGCAGAGAAGGCAUCAGCCCUCGACGCAGCCGUGAUGGCAGUCAUGGCAGCAACAAUCACGAUGAUGACGAUAACAACAACGAUAACAAGAAGAUUGUACCUGCUGCACACACCGUCCCAUCAUCAAACCGCACCGCCUCGUUGUCGCCUCCUUCUUUAGGCAACAGCUCCUUUAAUGACAUUAGUGGCUGCAACGGCUCGGAUAACUCGUCGACCUCAUCAUCGACAAACAAUCACUUAACGCCGCCACAAGUGUCCCUCACGUCCUCGGUUGUGGAUCAGUGGGAAUUGGUGUUUAGUGACCAUCCACAGCAACAGCAACAGCAACAGCAACAGCAACACUUAUUGCAGCAGCAGCAGCAACAACAAUUGCAGCAGUACUAUCCGUAUCCAGUACAACAUCUACAACAGCAACAGCAACAGCAUCAAUUUCCCCAGCAUCAUCCUCAUUAUAUGCGGCAACAGCAGCAGCAGCAACAGCAUCUUCAGCAACAACCACAGCCACACCAGCAUUACCACAACACCUAUCUAGCGCAUGCAGUGAUGCCCGAUUGGGACCUCCGGGCGAUUUUGGAAAAGGAACGAGACGAGGCAACAGCAGCAACAGACAUGCCAGCCAAUCAACUGUUCCGAAAAUAUCCACUUUUAGCACCCGCGCUCAUGUCGAUCGUCCUUGGUCACACCAUGACCAUGACCACCAAGGACUUGUGUUCCAAUGCAAAGCUGUUAGCACCACCGUCUCCAUCUUCUACCGGUGCCCCUCUUGACGACGACAGCAGCGACUUGAUUCCUCGUUUCCUUGCCAACGAUCUAAUCUUUGGUCCCAAGAUCUCAAGCCUAAACUCAAACAAGAAAGGCAUCUUGACCGGCGAAGAGUUCCGAUUGAUGUGGGAAGCACAACAGUUCCGUAUGGAUUACAGUUUGGAUGACUGGAACCCUGACGUGGAAGAAGAAGAAGAAGGGCAACGACCAAGAAAAGCAAACGAGUUGCCAGAAAAUUGUCCGCUAAACUGGAUUCAACGUCAAUUCUGUCGCUUCGUCUACGAUUAUGUGAUUGAACGCUAUCCUCAUCUCGAAACGCCUGCUCAGCACUACUUGCCUUUGUGUGACAAGUUGAAGAGACAACAGAUGAUCUCCAUGGCCUAAUUUUUGCUUCACUCCUUUUAUUUGGGUACUCAUUUGCUUUCUAAUUCCAUAACAUUUCCUUUCUAUUUCCUCGACCGUCUCCCCUUUACUCCAUCUUUGCUCUCCCUUCGUGUCUCAUUUUGCUUAACGUUCUUUGUGCUCUACAGAAAGAAAAAACAAAAGCUAUCAUGUUCUAGCUAUCAUACAUUCACUCACACUCACAUUCGUUUUUUUUCUUUUUCUCUUUUCUGUCGCUGUAAAUAUUCAACUCUUUUUUAUGCCCCCCAUCCCUUUCCUUCUCUUUCUUAAAGGAAAAUAGUAGUAUCGUCAUCAUCAUCAUAUUAAUAAUAAUAAUAAAACAAUGGAAAGAUACGCCAAAAAA